UUGUUCAUCUGUUACCAAAAGUUCCAAAUUUGUCCUAUAAAAUCUGUCUUCAUUCUUCUUCCAGCUGCAUAUGGCUAAAGUUAUAAUCUUCCCAAGAUGCACAUCAUUUCUACAUCCUUAAACAUCAACUGCUACAAAUCACUAAACCAUUUUAGACUAAAACCACUCUCCAAAAUCCUUUCUUUUUAUUCUUCUUCUAUAAUCCCCUGCUCUAAAUUACCCCACUACAAAACCAAACUUGAAAAAUCCCAAUGCAAAUGGAGAACAAAUCAUAUAUUUUCCCAAACCAAUCCACUACUAUCACUUUUAGAAACCAAAUGCAAAUACAUGACUCAACUCGAACAAAUUCAGUCUCAGAUGAUUAUUACUGGCCUAUUCUCAGAUGGGUUUGCUUCAAGUCGUUUAAUAGCCUUUUGUGCCCUCUCAGAAAACGGUAAUCUUAAUUAUUGUAAAACGAUUUUGUAUAAUAUGGAAAACCCAAAUACAUUUUCUUGGAAUAUGGCUAUAAGGGGUUGUAGUGAAAGUGAAAAUUCCAAAGAUGGAAUCUUUUUGUAUAAACAAAUGCUUACAAUUGAAAACACAAAUACAUUUUCUAGGAAUAUGGAUAUAAGGGGUUGUAGUGAAAGUGAAAACCCCAAAGAUUCAAUUUUUUUGUACAAUCAGAUGGUUUUAACUAAAGGGAGUGAAUAUAGUUGUUUGAAGCCUGAUAAUCAUACUUUUCCUUUGUUGCUUAAGAUAUGUUCUAGAUUGGAUUUGUAUUAUAUGGGUCAAGAGGUUUUUGUGCAUGUUUUGAGGUUUGGUCAUGAUCAUGAUGUGUUUGUGCACAAUGCAAUGAUUCAUUUUUUGGUUUCUAGUGGGAAGUUGGAGGAUGCAAAUAAGCUGUUUGAUGAAAGUUCUGUGAGGGACCUAGUUUCUUGGAAUUCAUUGAUUAAUGGUUAUGUUAGGAGUGGGAGACCGAGGGCGGCAUUGAUGGUAUUUGAUAAGAUGAAAAUAGCAUCUGUGGAGCCCGAUGAAGUUACUAUUAUCGGGAUAGUAGGGGCAUGUGGUCAGCUUAAGAAUUUGGAGCUAGGGAGAAAGUUACAUAGCUAUAUUAUGGAUAUAGGCUUGAAUUUUAGCGUACCACUUUGCAAUGCAGUCAUAGACAUGUAUGUGAAGAAUGAGAGUCUACACGAAGCAAAGGCUUUGUUUGAUAGGAUGGAGGAGAGGACUAUGGUAAGUUGGACUACAAUGAUUAGUGGGUUUGCUAAAUUAGGCCUUUUGGAUGAAGCGAGGAGGCUCUUUAAUGAGAUGCCUGAGAAAGCUAUUGUACAGUGGAAUGCCUUGAUCGGAGGUUAUGUCCAAGCUAAGCGCGGUAAAGAGGCACUGGCUUUGUUUCACGAAAUGCAAAACAUGAAUGUAAAACCUGAUGAAGUGACUAUGGUUAGUUGCCUAUCAGCUUGUGCACAACUUGGCGCACUUGAUAUUGGGAUUUGGAUUCACCACUACAUCAAAAAACAUAAGCUUUGUCUAACUGUUUCACUGGGAACUGCGCUUGUUGAUAUGUAUGCCAAAUGUGGUAAUGCGGAAAAGGCACUUCAAAUUUUUCAUGAGAUGCCCGUCAAAAACUCAUUGACUUGGACAGCUGCAAUUGGUGCCUUAGCAUUUCAUGGAAAUGGACGUGACGCUCUAUCAUAUUUUUCGAAGAUGGUUGACAGUGGCCUGAUACCAGAUGAUGUCACACUUCUCGGGGUCUUAUCAGCUUGUUGUCAUGGAGGUUUGGUUGAAGAAGGGCGAAAGCUGUUUGCUGAAAUGAGCGCAAAUUUCAAAAUUCCUCCUAAAUCUAAACAUUACUGUUGUAUGGUGGACCUUUUGGGCAGGGCGGGGCUUUUGCAUGAAGCUUAUGAGCUUGUCCAGAGAAUGCCAAUGGCAGCUGAUGCUUCAAUAUGGGGAGCAUUGUUUUUUGCUUGUCGAGUUCAUGGAAACGUCGAGAUUGGGGAAAAGGCAGCUCUGAAACUUCUUGAGUUUGAUCCUAGUGAUAGUGGAACUUAUGUCUUACUUGCUAAUAUGUAUGUUGAAGCAAAUAUGCGGCAUAAGGCACGAGAUGUUAGGAAGAUGAUGGAUGAAAGAGGAUUAGAAAAAACACCUGGUUGCAGCUCCAUUGAAGUAAAUGGAGAACUUUUUGAGUUUAUUGUUAGAGACAAGACACAUCCACGGUCCGAUCAGAUUUAUGAAAGUUUGAUUCACUUAACGAGACAUAUGGAAAUAGUUAAUUAUUUUCCAUUUACCGGAUAUGACCUCCUACUUGAUACUGAUGUUUACUGCGCAAUAUGAGAAAUCCGUCGCCAAACCUACUUAAACUACAUAAAAGCUUGGCCCCACAGGCGAUGUUCCAAUGAUUAGGAGGGGACAGGAGUCGGCCUGCAAUCAUCAGGCCAUGAGCCUGACUACUUGAUCAGCGCCUUCUCCUGCUGAGGAGCACAGGACCUCAGUUAGCUGUUCAGGUAGAAGGAUGAUGAGAUGAUGGAUGAGCUAAAAGGUUUUGUCUGUGAACAUUUUCUCAGCAUAUAUUGGCAGCAGCCAAAUACAAACCCCAGCACAAGGAUUUCCAGAAGUGGAUAAUAAUCCAAUAUAAAAGGGCAGCCCGGUGCACUAAGCUCCCGCUAUGCGCGGGGUACGGGGAAGGGCCGGACCACAAGGGUCUAUCGUACGCAGCCUUACCCUGCAUUUUUGCAAGAGGCUGUUUCCACGGCUCGGACCUGUGACCUCCUGAUCAUAUGGCAACAACUUUACCAGUUACGCCAAUACUCCCCUUCAUAAUAAUCCAAUAUCAGAACCUGAAUUUACCAUGACUCUGUUUGCAAUGGGAUGAGAAAGCUUGGCGGGCGAGAGGGGUCUGGAAGCUAUGCGGAUGUUUUUCAACACUCCAUCCGCUUAGUUGUUUUAGACUCUGUUGCAGAGGCUAAUUGGCAGAAUUGAGCAACUGGAGAGCCUAAACGUCAUUGAGGAUGAGUUCAUCAGUCAACAAACGAAUUCUAUCUACAAAUGCUAAUAUUAUGGAUCGGUCGACUUCUCAUGAUUGAUUGUCUCAUCAAUUAGCUCAGACAAGCUUGGAGAGGUGAUCUGAAUCGCUAUCAGAGAGAACUGAAUUUAACGUGCAAAGACGGUACUAUCUACAAACUGAUUUGGAUUCGGGCACAAAGUUAGAGCCCAAACCUAGUGGUCAUCAAAAAUUUCUGUGAAAAUGUGAUGUGCUUCUUUUCUA